AUGAGUGUAAUUUCCACAAAUAGUUAUAUUCAGGGGCAGAAAUCCAUAAACUUCAAUGGUAUUUGUUUGGGUUUGGAUAAAGCCAUAAAACAAUUAAAAGAUAAUGGUUAUUUGGAUGACUUGAUUCUUGACUUUUUUAUGGAAUUUUCUAAGGAAUCAUGUGUUGGAAUUAGAGAAAACUGUUCUGGUGGUAAAUACUGUGUAUUUAGUAGUCUAUUCUAUACAAUUCUAAGUAUGUGUGGUGAUAAUGAUGAGGAGUAUUUAAGACUAAGGAAAUGGGUCAAAAGAGUUUCUACUCCAUUACUACUAAAUGAUGCAAUUGUAAUUCCAAUGUAUUGCAGCCAAACUAGCCAUUGGUGGUUAAUCGUUAUUUGCCAUCCCUAUAAAAUUUUUAAUUUGAUGAAAUCUUCUUUAUAUAGAAAUAGCUCACACGCAAAUAUUGAAGGCUCCAACAAAGGGUGGAUUAUAUGUAUGGAUUCUCUUGGAGGUAAAAAUAUUGGGCAAUACGAAAAGAGAAAGGCAAUAAUGAAGAUUUUGAAGUUCUUAGAUAUAGAGAGACGAAAUAACGAUAGCUAUUCGGAUCUUCUGGAAACUGGGAAUGAACCAGCCAUUCUUAAUGCUAAUAUUACCGUUACAAAUACUACUACUACUAAUAAUAAUGUCUUUACAACUAAAACUACUGUAAAUACCUCUGAUAUAAAUAAUACAAAUGAUAGUAUGUCGGUAACUUUUAGAUCUCUUAGUAACUGGGAGAUUAUAUAUAAUCCAAAGAAUCUUCCUUUUCAGGAAAACAACUUUGACUGUGGAAUAUAUAUUAUUGAGUAUGCCCAUUGGCUUUUUCAUUAUGGAACGGCAAUUUUCAACUCUAUGAUUAACAGAGAUUCUUCUUUGGAAAUUUCUAACUCUAUUUGUUUGGAUCAAAACAAAUUAUCCAGAAAGUGGUUUCAAAACAGGAGAGCCGUUUACACUAAAGUUUUGGAAUUUAUGAGUACUAACAUGGGUUGGAAUGAAGAUAAGUUUUUAAGAAAUCAACUAACGGAAAUUUUUGAUGAUAAUAUGAACACUUUUAAUUACAAUGAAAAAGUUACACAGGAGAAAAUUUCUUCCUUGCAAGCCAGGAAAAAAUUUGUAAUGUCUUCCUUAAACAAAAGCUACUUCAAUAGGUAG